AUGUAAAAGAUCUUAUUGUUUAUUGGUUUUAGUUUAAUCUAGUGUUCAAUUCCUUUAGUUUGUUCAGAUGUAAAGAAGGAAAGUGAUUGUUAAGAAGUUAUUAAUGGAAUGUAAUAAAUUAUUGAAUAAUUUAGAAAUGAUUGUAUUUGGUCAGGAGGUCAAUGCUAAAUAAAAACUUGUGAUUUAAUUACUUCUCCUUGUGAUGGAGAAGCAUAUGUUGGAUUUUCAUGUUCAUCAAGUAAAAAGGGAUGCAAAAGUGUAAAAUAAUGUUUGGAGAUUGAUAAUGCAGAUUCAUGUUCUAAAGUAACACCCAAAGGAUAAUAAUGUUUUUGGGAAGAAAAUUGUAGAUUAAAAUAAUGUAAGGAUAAUUCUAAAGAAACAUGUUAUGACAUAAAUGGACAACAAUGCAUUUAUUAAAAUAAUAUUUGCACAACUUUUACUGAUUGUGGUGAUAUUACUGAAAUUGAUAAGUGUAAUGGAAAUAUUUCUAAUAAAAGUUUUGAAUGCACAUGGAUGAAUGAAAAAUGUGUAAGAAAAUAAUGUAAUAUGAUAAUUAAUGAAGUAUAUUAUUAAUUUUAUUAUUUAGGAAGAUUGCCAUAAGAAUGUGUUAAAAUCAGAAAAUUGCUUUUAUGGUUAAAUUUCUGAAGAAAAAAAAGGUUGUUUGAGUUGUUCUUUGAUAGAAGACUCUUGCUUAUGUAAUCAUUACAAUCUAUUUGGUUGUGUUUGGAAAUAAGAUAGAUGUUAUAAAUAAUCUUGUUCAUCCUUUACGACAAUAGACGAAUGUACUUAAGCCUAUGAUAGUUUGACUUGUACUUGGUAUAGUCCUAUGAAUAAAUGUAUAACUAUUGACUAUGCUAAUGAAUUGGAUCGUUAAUGCGACAUCUAUAGUUAUAGUUAGGGAUUACAAAUUUUACUAUUAGUAAUUUUAUUGAUAUUUUGA